CUAUUGACAUACGGAAUAGCACUCCAAUUCAGGUUCUGUUUGGGUUACGUUCGGUUGCUGUGAACAAAAGAGUCACACAGCGCGGCGGGGCCCCGACGCGUUACGUCCGCCCUCCUCCCUGACAGAACCCCACGUACAGUACAGUGUAUGGCGUUCUUCGGUGACCUACAAACAACGCGGUUGGUGAAAACGACAUGACAAGCUCUGCAGUCUGUAGGAGAUAAAAGUUGAAUUUGCCAGACCUAAGCUGGGCCUGACAUACUAGUGUAUGUGUGUGUGAGUGUAGAAUAACUUGUGGUUUGUUUGCCAAGUGACGACUCGAACGGAUUUAUUUAUUCGAACGACUAUUCUUCGUUUGAUCGUGCUGAGCCCAACUGGUCGUGGCUGCAGUGGAAAGUCGAAGAAUGUCGUCGACGCCGAAGCGAUUUUAUAAACAGCAAAAUGCGCCUCGUUUCAGAAGUGGAGUUUGGCAUUUCAUGAGGAAAGAUGACCACAAAAACGCUACUUGCCUCAUCUGCAAUUCUAAAUUCAAGUUUCAUGGGUCCACAACGUCGCUUCGAUCACACCUCAGGGCGAAACACCCAGAGCACGAUUUUUCUGGGGAAUACGACCAGGAAGAAGCACAGGCGGCAUCCAGGUUAGUAAACCUUUUGCAACCAGUAAAGGCUCCAGAACCCUCUCCAAGUCCUAGUGAGGUGAAGCCAGAAAGCAACCGUGUGAAGAGUGGAGUCUGGAAACUUAUGACCAAGGAUAGCCCCUAUAUAGCCACAUGUAUUGUCUGCAAUGCAAAAUUCAAGUUUCACGGGUCAACGUCUUCACUGUGGGCUCAUCUCAAAGCGAAACAUCCUGUGGAACUCGACAACUCCGCAACAGAAGACCCAAAUGAAUCACAGUUGUUGCAGUUUUCAGCUGCUCAGAACCACCCCACUGAAUCCUCUGUAAGUGGCAGUGCUAGUGUGACUGUGAGUGUGAAAAAGUCAGAGACUUCUGAGAAAAUAUCUUUUCACCGAGAACCCACUACAAAAAAGAAGCAGCUUGAGCGAGUGCUGGUGGAGAUGAUUGUGAGAGACCUGCAGCCCUUAAGCAUCGUGGAAGAAGGUGGCUUUCAAAAGCUGAUCCACACUCUUGAUCCGAAGUACACUCUUCCCAGCCCUAAACAGCUGGCAACCACCAUCUUGCCAAACCUUCAGAAAGAAGAAAUCAGGAAACUGAAAGCAGAGCUUGGAGAUAUUGCAAACGUCACAGUAACUACUGAGAUCUGGACUUCAGUUGUCACAGACAGCUUUCUCACAGUGUCAGUGCAUUAUCUGAACUCGCAGUGGCAGAGGAAGUAUGCUGUCCUGGAGACCUGUAAGCUCGUAGAUGACCUCACGCCUGCAAACAUCGCCGAGGAACUGUCAAGAGUCUUCACAGCAUGGGACCUCCACCCCAAGGUCACAUGUGUGGUGACUGACAACAGUGAGAACAUGGCGGCAGCAAUGCGAAUGCUAAGGUUGCCGCAUGUUACCUGCUACGCACACACAAUGGAUGGGAUAGUACGAGACUCUUUACGAAAUGUGCAAGAAGUUACGAGAUUGGCUAAGAAAGUGCGAGACAUCGUUUCCUUCUUUCACCACAGUGAAAUGGAUUCUGAAAAACUCAUGCAUCUGCAGAGGGAACAAGAGCGCCAACCCCAGAAGCUCAAGCGUGAUGUACCCUCCCAAUGGGUUUCCACUUUCUACAUGCUGGAACGGUUUAUCCAUCUUUAUGGCUUCAUUGCUGGUGCUCUAUACCAGGUGGGCAGAGCUGAACUGUUGCUGUCUGAUGAUGAGCUGGAAGUUGUCAAACAUUGUGUGAAGGUUCUUGAGCCCUUCGAAGUGGCAGUUAAGGAAAUGACGUCCGAAAAACAUAUGCCAAUGUGUAAAGUGAUCCCGAUGACAAAAGCCAUUUCACAGUUUGUGUCUCGUAACACCCAAAACUCUGGCGGUGACAUAUCUGGGUUGGCCACUGAACUGGAACUUCAAAUGUCACGACAUUUUGACAACAUGGAAGACAACUUCCUGUAUGGCGCUUCAACACUGUUAGACCCCCGCUUCAAGAAGCUGCCCUUCUCAACGUCAGAAGCUGUCGGCAACACUGAGCAGCAGCUGGGGGAGGAAAUCUUGAUCCAAACUGAACCUGCGGCGGUGCUGAAACCUGAAACAGAGGCUAUGGAUGACUCAAAAUCUCUGUGGUCCUCUUUUGACCAACAGGUGGAAUUCACCCUAUCAGCACUGUCCAACCCACAGGAGUCUACUGUGGAGUUUAAUCGAUAUUACGAGGAAAUGCUCUUGCAGCGUCAGGAAAACCCGUUUCGAUGGUGGGAAAAAAUGAGCAAGUUCCUCACCAGACUAUCCCCUAUAGCCAUGAAAUACCUGGCAAUUCCAGCUGCCUCAAUUCCGGCAGAGAGACUGUUUUUGAAAAAUCAAGAAGUGAUUUCCCUGCGAAGAUCCAUUCUGAAACACUCUGUUGUUGAUACUGUCUUGUUUCUGAACAAUAGAUUUUCAGUUUGAUUAUAUUAAUAAUUAAGAAGAGCAGUGUCUCGCCUUAAUGUCAUGGUUUAUUUUCAGUAAAAUACAUACAGAUUAAUUUUUUAAAUGAUAGAUGAUAUUCAGUUGAGGAAGAUGAUGUCAAGCAUUAUUAUUUCGUAAGUCUUCUUGUAACAAGUGCAUUUGCCUUGAAAAGCUUGUCUUUCCCAUUCUGGCUUUGAGUUUGAGCUCAUUCAUCAUGUUUGUUGUUGCCUUUUUUCAAGGAAGAACAGUGUAAAGUUUUAUCGCUACACUUUUGUUGUACAUUACAUUACAAACACAGUCUAGCACGCACAUAGUCACACAAAGAAGCAAAGAGACUUUCACGUCCCAGUUUUUAAAUUUUACCCAUACAUUCUUUAAAUUUUUGAAAAAUGUAACUUCGCUAUUCGUACCUCUAUAAUAAUAUGAAAAAAUUGACUGCGUGUCCUGCUGAUAUUGCUGUGUGCAUGCUAGACAAGAUCCAGAGAUACAUGUUACAAUUGUAAAACUCACAUUUUUGUUAACCCUAUCCGUACACCCUGGGGUCAUUUUGUACACUCGGGGUUGUAUUCUUCACAUUUUAGA